UUGGGAAAGAAGAAGCUCCUCGUGGAUGUCAGUUUGGUGACAUUUUGGCAAACAUGAAAAUUAAACACAUCUGGAGAGUUUCAGCACAUCUGUCAUGACUGAAGAAGAAAACGUUUAAGUCCCAGGGAAAUGGAAGGGCAGGUGGAGGAGAGACUGUGUGGGAAAUGGAGGGUUACCUGUUGUUUGAACAGUUACAACUUGAGGGACAUCUUCACAUGGCAUCUGGUGAAGACCGUAGUCAUGGGACAGGUCUUGUCGCUGCUGAUCUGCGGGACAGCAGUGAGCUGUGAGUACCUGGCCAGCGCCGGGGUGGAGACGCCCAUGCUGCAGAGUUUCCUCAACUACGCCCUGCUACUGAUCGUUUAUACGACCAUCCUCAUCACACGCAAAGGAGAAAGAAACAUCAUACAGAUUUUAAAAACCAAGUGGUGGAAGUAUCUGGUGAUGGGUCUGGCAGAUGUGGAGGCAAACUAUGCAGUCGUGAAGGCCUACCAGUUCACCACCCUGACCAGUAUCCAGCUGCUGGACUGCUUUGUGAUCCCGGUGCUGAUGCUACUGUCCUGGUUCAUCCUGAAGACUCGCUACCGGCUUCUCCACAUUGUGGCCGUCAUUGUGUGUUUGUUGGGGGUGGGAGCCAUGGUGGGGGCCGACAUUCUGGCCGGAAGAGACCAGGGGUCCACCAGUGACGUGUUGCUGGGUGAUGGUUUGGUCCUCCUCAGUGCCGUCCUCUAUGCUGUAUCCAACACGUGCCAAGAGUACACCGUGAAGAAACUGAGCCGAGUGGAGUUCCUGGGCAUGAUGGGACUCUUUGGGACUCUCAUCAGUGGCGUACAGCUAGCUGUGCUGGAAACUCAUGCAGUAGCUGCAAUAAAGUGGGACCUUCGUAUUUCCAUGCUGUUUGCAGUCUAUGCCCUGUGUAUGUACGCACUGUACAGCUUCAUGCCCGUAGUCGUGAAGAUGACCAGCGCCACUGCGGUCAACCUCUCUCUUCUCACCGCCGACCUCUUCAGCCUCUUCUGUGGCUUCUUCCUCUUCCACUACACAUUUUCAGCUCUGUACAUCAUCUCGUUUGUCGUCAUCACCGUGGGUUUCAUCAUGUUCAACGCCGUCCCCACGUACACUUUGUUACCGGUGGACGACCCCGCCGACCCGGCGGAGAGCUCCUCAGACCGCCUGCUGGCAGCGGACAGAGACACUCAGACAGAUGAGACACUCACCGCCGUCGCUGCACUAUGACAGAGACUCACUGAAGACGGAAGAAGACGGUGUCACUGGGCAAAGGUCAUUUUUAACUUUUACAUUAUUGUUUUAGUACAUGCAAGACAUUUUCAAAUGGAGGUGUGUAACAUCUUGUUUCAUUGUUUGUGGCACAUUUUUAAUCCUUAUUUAUAUAAAGAUAAUUCUUUAUAAACGGAGAUUAGAUAUCAUCUGUUACUGCACUUGUUCAGGACGUGUCAGUCCUUUCUGCUUUUUUGAUAUUAAUAUAUUUGAUAUUUUACAAAAUCUGUCAGCUGUGCUGUUACAAUCCUCUGUAUUAUGUUGUUAUUUUUGAAAUCGACCACAAACCAGUUACAAAGUUUUAUUUGACUCUAGUUGCCUUAUACAGUUUUCAGACUCGUGUCAUUUUGUAAUCUACCAAAUAUACUGUAAAUCACAUGGCUUUCUUCGCCUUGUAUUGCCAAAUGUAAAGCAUGUUAGUAUGCAGCAGACAUUCUUACUUUUUUUUUUUAAUAUUAAAUUCAUUUUUAUAAUC